AUGCCCGAGCGUCAGUCGAAAGCUACUCAGGGCCGUCAUGAACGGAUGCUAUUGGAACUGCUCAAACUCCCGGGUAACGACCGUUGUGCUGAUUGCAAAGCAAGGAAUCCUCGAUGGGCAUCCUACUCUCUCGGUAUAUUCUUGUGUAUACGAUGUGCCGGUCUUCAUCGCAAAAUGGGUACACACAUCUCGCGUGUAAAGUCCGUUACUAUGGACGAGUGGUCGCUAGAGCAGAUUGAUAUGAUGCGCAAAGGUGGUGGUAACGACAAGGUGAACCAAACCGUGAAUCCUCAUCCAGACAAGCACCCACUUCCUUUGGCAGACGAUGAUGCUGAUCGUGCUAUGGAACGAUACAUUCGUCAAAAGUGGGAAAAGCGAGCUUUCAUGGAUAAACCGGCAAUGCCACCAGCACGACCCACUGCUUCAACAUUGACAUCAUCUACACCUGCAUCACAUAGUCUACCUCAACGAUCCUCUUCAGUGCCAGUGCUUGUACGUGAUCAGGAUGAUUAUUCAGCAGCAGCCGAAAAACUACGAGAGAUGGGAUUCAAUGAUAUUGAUCGUAAUCGACAAGUGUUGAAGCACACACAGGGCAAUCUAUCGUCUGCCGUGGAUAUCUUGUCACGAUUGCCAGGUGCACAAAAGCCCAUCUUAUCAAGCCAGCACAUGUCCGAUGACCAAAAGCUGAUGCGAUUAAAUGCUCUUGGAUACACCGAUAUGGUCGCCAAUCGUGAUGCACUUCGUCGUUCGGGUGGCAACCUUGAUGUUGCUUUGAACAUCCUCGAGAAUGCAAAGAAACCAGUCUCUGAACCUGUUAUGGCUGCUUUUAGUACCAACAAUUCCUCUUCUUCAGAUCUCGCUGGUCGAGCACAGAAUACGGAUGAACGCCAGGCACACAAAUUAUCUGGCGGCAAGACAGGGGUCCUACUAGAUUUGGAUACUGGAUCGUCAUCAUCUUUGAGUAACAGCAGUAAUCCAUUCCACAUGCAAACUCAAUCUCAGCCAUCUCCUUUUGCACAACAACAACAACAACAAAACACCACUAAUCCAUUUGGCGCUUCAGCUGCUACUACGAGCUUAACCAUGUCAUCAUCUGCCACAACGAUGUCACUUGCACCUCAAUUUACCGGAUUGCCACAAAAUCAAACAGCAACACCAUUCAAUAACGGCAGCUUGCAGCCACAAAUGACAGGAAUGCCAGCAACCAUGCAACCACAAUUGACAGGAAUGCCAUCGUCUACAAAUGGUGUUGCUAUGCAACCACAACUUACGGGAAUGCCAAACAUGGCAUUAUCCAAUGGAUCAUUGCAACAACCUCAACUUACAGGAAUGCCUACUUCUUCUCCUGCAACAUCACUACAACCUCAAUUGACAGGGAUGCCAUCACCUGCCAUGAAUAAUUCUAUGGGCGGCAUGCCUUCUCCAUCGAAUCCAUUCUCACAAAUGACCAGCAACAAUGACACUUCAAACAACGUUUUCGCCAACCGAUUUGCAAUGCCCCAACGUUCACAAACAGCUCCAGAAUUUACUACAUUGCCACAACAACCAUCCAUAUUUUCUUCGACAUCCCAGAUACCCCAGCAACAACAACAACAACAACCCAACAAUAUGAUGCCAUUUGCUGGUGCUAUGGCUAAUCAACCCACUGGUUUCUCCACAAUGCAAAACCCCGCCGCUACCGCUACCAACAAUAACCCAUGGGGUGGCAGUAGCUUCUUUUAG